UCGGACAUCUGGUACCCUUAUCUAAUCAAAUACCGGUUUAUCAUGCCUGAGAAAAAAAACGAGUGCACGCUUGAUUGCAAUUAUAAAAAUGCAAAACACUACUGGGUGCCUGGCUGUUGUUACUGUCGUGUACGUUAAAGCAGAACCACUGAAACAUGACUGACGAAUCUGUGUUUGCGAAGUUACCUGAUUACAUUCAGAGUGGUUUGAAUACGGUAGCUUCGGAACAAGGUUUCACGGAAGGAUUAGUACGGUUCGAGUUCGAGGAUGGUUCCAAGAAGGGAGAUGGAUUCAUGGGUGAUUUGUUCAAGGUGAUCAUUCGGGAGCAGAACCGAGACGACGUGGUAGUCGUGUGUAAAACUCUUCCGCAGAGUGAGGCCCGAAAGAUGUACACGAUUCGGUUAUUCCAUCGCGAAGUAGAAGCUUACAAUGAGGUUUUGCCGAUGAUGCGUAAAUUUCAAAUAGAAAUGGGAAUUUCUGAGGGUGACCCCAAAGGAUUCUGGAGCUUUCCCAAAAGCUACUACGCAUAUUGCGAUGUUCAGAAGCUUGAGGGUGUUAUCAUUAUGGAGGAUCUGCGGGAGAAACAGUUUCGAAUGUGGAAGAAGUCGGAGCCAGUGGAUUACGAGCACACUCGAAUGUUGGUGGAACAGUUAGGAAAACUUCAUGCUAUUUCUUUCGCGUUAAAAGAUCAGAAACCGGAAUUGUUUGAACGAUUCAAACAGUUUAAAGAUCCACUAGGACUUCUGAUCCAGUAUGAACCGAGACAAGCUAUGGCAAAAAUGAUGAACGGUAGCUGUGAGCGUGCGAUAUCAACUCUCGACGAGAACGACGAGCUAAGUAGAACGAAAAUGCAACCAAUUCGGGGAGUUGUUACCGAAUUAUACAGAAAUGAUACAGAUGGAAGUCAGGCUGAACCAUAUGCAGUUUUGGGACACGGAGACUGUUGGGUUAACAAUACAAUGUUCCGUUAUCAAGAUGAAAAUGUGAAACCAACGGAUAUUUGUAUGCUGGACUGGCAAUUAUGCCGUUACGUUUCACCGGCCUUGGAUUUUGUCUACUUCAUCUUCAUCUGCACGGAUGAGGUGUUACGGGCAAACCACUAUGACCAACUGUUGCAGGACUACUACAAAUCACUCAGUGAUUGUUUGCUUCUAUUGGGUGGAGAUCCAGAGCGGCAGUUUCCGCAAUCGGCGUUCGAGGAUCAGUUGAAACGAUUUGGGCGCUUCGCCUUGCUGAUUAGUUUCCUUGUGCUGCCAGUAAUUUGCACACCGAGUGAAGAACUGCCCGAUAUAGACCAACACAUGGAGAAGGCACAAAAAGCACAUCAAAGCGGUGAUGAUUCUACAGUUGAAGAAAUUGAGUUUAGCAGUACGGCGAAUGCGGAUGCAAUUUAUAGAAAAAGGGCACGUGGUAUGAUUAGGGACCUUGUGAAAUUUGGAUACUUGUAAGGACGGGAAACAUACCAUUUUUCGAAUAAAUUUUAAUCAACUUUGUUUAA